GGUGGUGUGCGUGAAUUAGAGAAAUCUCAAUGGCCUGUGCAGAAAAACUAAGUACACAUCUUUGGAGCAAGCUUAAAGACGAAUCCACUAAUGAGACUCUAUCUAUAUGUGUUUCUCAAGAUGGAGCUGUGUUCACUGGUCAUGACUCCAAGCUUAACGUUUGGAUGAGGACUCAGGAUGACUCAAAGUGGAACAAAACCGGAACAUUAAUCACCCCAACUAAAGGAGAUGUAAAUGCCAUAUGUGAAGCAACCACUGCUAGUCGAACCUUACUCAUAUUCUCUCUCGACAACUGUAUAUUGUUUUAUGAUCGUCAAAAUCUCACUGAGCAUCUACAUCAAGUUUGUCACAAUAAGGACGAGAUCAACCAACUGUCAAUAAAUGCAAAGGGGAACUUGAUUUGUGCUUGUGAUGAUUCUGGAGAAAUAAAGCUCAUCGAUACCAGCUCUUACCAAGUUGUUAAGACACUGACUGCUCACGAUAAUAUUUGCUCAACCGUUAAGUUCAUUCGCCGAAAGCCGUGGGAAAUAUUGUCUGGUGGUCUGGAUUGUAAAAUGAUUCGAUGGGACUUCAACCGUGGCCGUCCGUUGUGUUCACUGAACCAGAACGAGCUUUCUAAUUCAAACUUUGGCAGUUACGCGAUUAAUCCUCCCAUGGUUCACACUCUGGAUGUAUUCCCUUCAACCUCCAUGGUCGUGUGUGGAUUAGGAAAUGGGACUGUAUGUGUGUACGCCAUGAAGAGUGGGCGAGAUAUGGAGUUAUUGUGUGCGUCGGAAUUGCAUAGUGCCAGUAUAUCGUGUACUUGUGCCAUAGAGAUCUCAAAGUCGGACUCAAAGAUUGUUGAACAGUUUGUUGUUUCGGGAGGAGAUGAUAGGAGAUUGUGUGUUAGCAAACUUGUUGUCAGAGAUGGGAGCAAGGCUGGAGGAAAAUAUAAUCUGGAGCUGUUGUCUCAGAUCAAUCAUGGCUCUAAGAUAAACUGCCUGGCAUUGCAUAGAAACUGUGAACAAUUUUUGAUUUUUGUUGUUGACUUAACUUGUUUUGUUUCAGUGUACAUUUGCUCAUGAGUUGACUUAAUAUUGUGAAUAAACAUUGUCACCUUA